AUGUGCUCUUCGGAGAAGUCGCUCAAUUUUGCUAGCGCCGCAUUGCGACGCAAAACGACGAUCCAGCACUUCCAACUACGAUUUUGCUCCACAACCAUCCAGCUCGAUUGCAUGGAAGGGAUUCUACACUUCGUAACGCACAAUGCUUCUUUGCGAAGUCUUGAGUUGGAAAAGAAGGAACGACGAGGCAAUGCCUUUGAAAUCGCGCUGUUGAUUCUGAAAGCUGCCGAGAAGAACAGCGCCGUGAAAGUGCUUUCACUUGGAAAAGGGUUCGAGGAGGUUUUCUCGUCUGGACGAGUCAAGUUUUCCACUACUCUCACCGAAGGUUUUCACUUCCAGCUUGUCGGAGGCAUUCGUCGACGCCCUCCCUUCAAUCCAUUGCAUUGA